UGCGAGCGUCCAAGUCACCAUCAUAGCAGAGAGCGAUCGUGAAAGAAGGAAGUCCAGCAGGAAGAAAAGGAAUCACAACGAUGCGACCACAGCAAUGGACUCGUCUCUUUCUCACAUCCGUCGGCUUCCUCUCGACCCUCACGACAGCGACAUCACCAUCGUCCGCCGUCGACGAUCAUGACAGCACCGUCCUAUCCUCGGACAAGUCCGAAGACGCAGCGUGGCCGUAUAACCUCCCGCCCACGGUGAAAUACUUCCCCGAACACGGCGCUCUUGUCCGGCGCGAGGAGAGCGCGGAUCCGAAUGAGAAGUUCUUCCUGGGAUAUUGGGAUCUGCCGAAUCAUGUGCGAGGCAUGGAGGGGUCCGGUCAGGAUCGACGAGAAAUUGGUUAUGAGCACAACGACACUGCGAUUACUGCCGCGCUCGAACCUGCCGUCUUUCUACAUUCCCGGCGGGAACCGUCGCUCGCGGAGUCCCUGGGCUUCAAUCUCUUCCGGCGCGCGUUUCAAUGCCCGGCGGGGACGAAUGCGUGUUCUUCGAUUGGCACCUCCGACCUGUGCUGUCCGAAUGGUCAGACUUGUGUGAAGACCUCGAACGGAGUCGGCUGCUGCCCGAAUGGACAGACAUGCGGGAACAACGUCGCGUCCUGUGACACGGGCGCCGGUUACAAGAGCUGUCCCAACAGCAGCAACGGCGGCUGCUGUAUCCCCGGCGCGGCCUGCUUAGAUACGGGCUGUGUCUUCUACGGCACCCAGACCGUCACCACCAACCUGCCGCCCGCGACCGUCACGAGCACAUCCUCCUUCGUCUUCCCAUCGACGACCAUCCAAGCCGCCACCACGACCGUGACCAUCACCGGCGCCGGCACGACCCAAACCACCACCAUCAUCUCCCCCACCACCAUCAUCGUCAUCCCAAGCGUGACCUCCCCCACCUCCACCGGCGGAGCCUGCACAUCCGGCCACAACUCCUGCCCGGCCUCCCUCGGCGGCGGCUGCUGCCCGACGAACCAAGCCUGCGCCAGCGGCACCCAAUGCACCGCCACCACCACCACCAGCGACAACGCCAGCGCCCCCGUCCGCGGCACCAGCAUCCUCACCACCACCACCCCUCCCACCCCAACGGCCUCGACCUCCUACAACUCCUUCUGCCCGACCGGCUACUACAUGUGUUCGGCCGUCUACCUCGGCGGCUGCUGCCGCGUGGACCGGGACUGCCACACGCUCUCGUGCCCGCCCACCGCCAGCACGACCGCCAUCUCCUCCGCCGUCGCCACCGUCGUCAUCCCCGCCCCCACCACGACCGGCUCCUGUGCCAACGGCUGGUACAUCUGCAACGCGGACUCCGGCGGCGGCUGCUGCCCCCUGGGCUUCGCGUGCGCGAGGGAGAGCUGUGCGCAGGCGCAGGGCUCGGGCACGCUGACGACGGCGAAGGGCAGCCCGACGGGGAACGCGGCGGCCGGGGCCCGGGCGAGGUUUCCGGCCGGUGGUGCCGAGGGGAGUGGUCUGAUGGGGUUGGGGAUGGGGUUGGCGCCGUUGGCGGUGGGUGUCGGGAUGGUCGUGUUUUGAGAAUUCAUGGCUUGGGGGAGGGUUUUUUCCACAGAGCGCUUUUUCUCUUCCGUUUCUUUUCUUCGAAGGGGGAGGGAGGAUGCAUCGUCAUGGGUUGUCAU